AUCUCAUCGCAACGCCUACGAUUUUUCGAAAUUUCAACUUUUGCGUGCCUAUGAACACAUUGCUAGGGUUCUGCGAAGAUUACAAACGCGUUGUAAUAAAUGCUCGGCACGAAUUGAUUUUGAUUCGCGCGCGCAACGACCCUAACGCGCUACGAAGCUGGUCCGACAAUGUGAAACCUGUCCUGAAUUUGCAUAAAAUUCAAUGGAGAAUGCCACACGUUGCUUUGGACGAAAUACACAAGUUGUCGAU